AUGCCGCUGCCGUUCGUGGAGGUGGCGGUGCGCGCGUCGAGGGAGCAGGCGGACCCCGUUGGUCGGAAGCAGCUGCGGAUGACCGAGAGGGCCCAGCAUCUCACGAACGUGCUCGUCUCAAUGUUCUCCUACUGGGAGUGCGGCUGCCCGAAGGCAGCGGCAGCCUACCCUGACCUCCGCUGGUCUCCUGCACGACGGGUGGCGGCGGAGAACCUCUUUCAGGAUGUGUUCGAGUUUUGCCGUGCUGCUGGACGUGACGCUCACGCAGCACGAGGACUGGGGAGGCUACAGAAGUUGGCUUCCGAAUUAGCAUCUCUACCCGGUGAGGCGUACGAGCGGCAGCAGCGCCCAGAUACCGAACCUGGUUGGGAUAUGCAAGCAGGACAGCUGUCGGCGGACACACUGGCGCGUGCGUUGGAGGUCCAGCCCGACCGUGUGAAGUUGAAGACCCCUGGGCCAGGCUGCGAUCCUGCUGACCACCUGACGGGCAAGCAGCUCGCGGAGUACGUCAGCUACAUGGACCGCUGCUUGGCUCCCGAGGCCUGGCCGGCGCCCUUGCCGAGGAGGUGCCACCGCAUCUCGAAGGAUAACGAGCUGAAGCUGGUGAAGGACCUCCUGGAGCGCGGGAUGGGGACCCUCGUCCCGGCCUGCGACGUGCCGCGCGACAAGGCUGGGUGCCCUCUGGCGUCGGGCUGGUUCGCGGUCGAGCACAGCGAGAAGUGGGACCGUCUGAUUCAAGAUAGGCGUCCUCAGAAUGCGACUGAGGAGCGCCUCGCCUGGCUGCAGUUGCCGUCGGGAGAGCAGCUGAAGUUGCUGAGGUUGAACUCGCCGUCGGAGCACGUCAGGGGGACCGUGUGCGACCUGAAGACCUACUUCUACCAGGUGAAGCGGCCGCAGGGCACGGAGUCGCGGAACGUGGUCGGGCGGGCCUGGCAGGGCCGACAGCUGGGGAAGCUGGCCCCGGACCCGAACCAGCACUACUUCGUGGCGCUGACCGUCUGGGGCAUGGGCGACGCCAACUCGUGCGACGUCUGCCAGGAGACGAACGUGAGCAUCCUUCGGAAGAGUGGGUGCAUGACACCUGCCGAGUCGUUGAACGCCCAGCUCACCGUGCCUGUCGGCCGGACUUGGGAGGGCAACUACCUCGACGAUCACUUGACCGUGCAGGUGUUCAGCGACAGCGAGCGGGGCAAGGGCCUCCGCGACACGGAGAUCGGCGAGCGGGCCAAGCAGGCCUGGGAGCAGGCCGGGCUGCCUCGCUCAGUGGAGAAGGACGUUAUCGAGCAGCCCGACUUCACCGCCUGGGGCACGGAGGUGAGAGACGGGCCUGGCGAGGUCGGCAGCCCGCUGCACAAGCGGCGGAUCUUGGCCUCGCUGACCUUGGACAUUCUGGAGAGCAAAAAGAUUUCAAAAGGGAUGUUCAGAAUGUUGCUUGCAAACUACGUUCGCCCAUUCAGCCAUCGUCGCGAGCUCUUUGGUUGCUUCCAUCGUUCGUUCACAUGGUUAGAAAGCCUGACUUCCGAGCGAGAUCUGGUCACGAUUCCCGCAGACAUUCGAGACGAGCUGUUCGCCGCCGCCGCCCUCCUCGCCCUCGGAGUUGCUCACAUCCGUUGGCCCGUGGACCCCGAGGUUUCGGCGAGCGACGCGACCGAGGACUCGUACGGGUCCUGCACGGCGAAGGUCCCCAGUAAGAUCUCCAGGGCGCUCUUCAGGGUUGGGGCUCAUAGAGGUGAACACGUGAGGCUCGACUGGAACGAGAUCGACCAGGUCCUGGCUCCCACCAGGAUGUGCAGGCCCUUGAGUGACAUAAACGAGGCCUUCGCGAGCUUCGACUGGAAGGUGCAGAGGGGAGGUAGGUUCACAAAGCAUAGUCACAUAAAUCUUCAGGAGAUGCGGGCGCUGAAAGGCGAGAUCAGACGUAGAGGUUUCCAGAACAUCCAGAAGGUGCUGAAUGAGGUCCCUGAGGCUCCAGCGUUUGGGGGUGCAGCAGGUCUUGGGAGUUCGGGCCGUCCUGGGCGUAGGGCUCCGAAACAGUUCGACGACUCGAAGGGCGUCUCCCGGAAGGUCGUGGGCGUGACUAGGGGCUCGGACCAGAUCGACGACGCGAAUGGCAUCACAGAAAGAAGACGGGGGAAAGAAGCUUCGAGGGGUCGGGAGAGUGCAGGGACCACGUUCGUGUGCGGGGUCGACAGCCGUGUGUGUGCAGGAGCGUUCGGAAAGGGGCGCUCAUCAUCGUUCAAGCUAAAUGGCAUUCUGCGUACCGUCAUGCCCUACCUGCUGAGCUGCCGUUGCCAUGUGGCUCUAGUCUGGAUCGGGACGCACUUCAACCCGGCGGACGCCCCGUCCAGGUUUCGGCCGCUGCCCGAGCCGGGCCCGCCGCCAGCCUGGAUAGAGGCCAGCAGGCGCGCGGCGAGCGCGGCGGCCGCUCGCGCCGAGGCCAGGCGGGCUGCUGGCUCGCCCGACGCGCCCGCGGCGGACCAGGGCAAAGCCAGGGCAGAGGCGACCUCCGAGGGCGUCAGCGCGGAGGAGGCGCCCGGCCCAGUCGGCGCUGCUGCUGGCUCGUCUGCUGCCGAGGUCUGCGCUCCGCCGCCGUGCAGCCCGCUGCCUUGGGCUGUGCCGGGCGGCCGUGCCAGGCGCUGGCAGAAGCGGGAGUACUUUGCUGGGAAAGGCGAGGUGACGAGGGCCUGGGCUGCCGCCGGGGCCUGGAUCGAGCCGCCGCUGGACGCCUACCCGCCCGAGGGCUACAGACCGGAGCACGACCUGCUGCUGGCGGCGAACGCGAGGCGUGAACUGGCUCAGAUCCGCGCCCAUGCGGUGCGAGUCGGUGUGUGGGCGACGCCGUGCACGACGUUCGGGCUGCUGUGCCAGAACUGCGGCCCGGGGACGCGGACGGCUGACCGACCACAAGGCGACGGCACCCGGCCCGCUGAGCGCCAGGGCAACAGCCUCGGCCUCACCACGGCAGCGGGCUGCACCGCGCUGGGCGAGGAGGGCGGGCUGUGGGUGGUCGAGAACCCCCGCCGCUCGUGGCUGUUUCGCCAGCCGGCCAUGCAGCGGCUCAUGGCCCGUGAAGGCGUGUACCUCGUGGAGUGCGACAUGUGCCAGUUCGGCCUCGCGCCGCCAGACGAGCCGGAGGCGAGGCGCAAGAAGAGUACCUACCUGCUCGGCAACUUCCCGGAGCUGCGGAGGCUUGGGAGGCGCUGUCAGGGCAAGUGCAAUCACGUGCACCUGGAGGGCGCGGUCAAGAUUGCAGGGCGCUGGCAGAAGCGGGCGGCACUGGCAUCGGCCUACACGCCCGAGUUUGCCCAGGCGCUCGCGGCCGCGCUGGCUGCCGCCGAGACGAGACUUCGUGGCUCGCCGAUGCAGGGUCCUGCUGCGGGUCAUCCUCAACGGCGUGAUCUGCAGGCCUCGCUGCACGGGGAAGCCCACGCUGGGAGGCUCGUGAAGGCAGCGGAUGAGCUGACCGCCUACGGCCGCUCGCACGGCUGGGGCCGGCUGGACCGCUGGCUGCCAGACGCCUCCCGAGGCAGAGUGGUCAAGCGUCUGAUAGAGGUGAUUCAGUACUUGUUCAAUGAAAAGAGACCGAUCGCAGAAGCUAGGUGCGCAGUGUUGGCGGUGCAGCAGCGCCGCCCUGACCUGAGAGGGCAGCUGGGCGGGGCUUGGGACUCAGUCAGGUCCUGGGCCUUCGGCGAGGACUCGCAGACGCGCGCGCCCAUCCCGCGGGAGAUCCAGCGCACGCUGCGGAGGUGGGCGCUGGCCAAGGCUUUGCUCCUGUCCCGCCCGCCGUGCCUGGCGCUGCUAGAGUACAGCAUCUUCGUGCGGGUGGCCAUGGACGGGCUACUGAGGCCGGGGGAGGGCGCGAACCUUAAGGGUAUGCACGUCCGCUUUAACCGCAGGAAGUCGUCAGAUCAGGCUGUGCCGGUCAUCGAGAGUCCGAAAAACAAAGCUUUCUUGGGCAAGAGACAGACGGUAUUGCUGACGCGCCCCUCCACCGUGGCCUGGCUUCAAUGGUGGAUGCAUCGAGUGGGGCCUGACGACCCAGUUUUCCCUUCUGGCUACUCGGGCCUCCGACAGAUCCACGUGGGCCUCGUCAAGCAGCUUGGGAUCCCACAGUUCACGCUAGCGGGUCUUAGAGCGGGCGGAGCGACCGAGCUGUUUAUGCGCACCAGAAAUAUUGCUUGGGUAAAGUUCCAUGGGAGAUGGGCUUCAGAGCGUUCUCUUGCACACUACAUCCAGGAGGCCAAUGCUGCCGCAGCCUUGUUCGAUCUCGAGCCCAGCAUUGCCGAAGUUUUGUGCCGCAUUCGAGCAGAGUUCAGCUGCUUGGAUUCGGCAACGGUCAUGCUCGACGCAGCGGGCAAGGUCGAGGUAUCAGCAGGAAAGAUAGCGUUUGGAGAAUCAGUUGCAGCAGUCUUUGAAGGAAAGCAAGAUUAUGCGAAGCAAGUGGCUUCGCGUCAGAGUCAGUCGUAUCCAUUGAAAGUGUUACGUGCCUACACCCGUGCAAUGCAUGCCUUGGAGGAGCUCGGCGCCAUCAUGCCGGAGACGUUGUGCGCAGGACCGCUUCGGGAUGGCGAUGAAGCGGGAGGCCCAAAGGAGGCCUUGGUCGUCGCAGUCCCGAAGCACCUUGUCAAGACCGUCACCUCCGGCAAAGCCGAGCCGCCCGCCCGCUACGGGCUGAGCAUCUUCGACGGGAGGCACUUCAAGUUUCUGACCUGGCCGCUCCUUAGUGUGUUCGCGAUUCUGCUAUUCUAUAGGCCCGACUGGAUCGUGGACUGUCUGGCGAGUAUCUUUUUCGGAGUCCUUGAGCAUGCGGCGGACCGCUCGGUAGCCAGUGUCUAUCGAUUGGGCCGUCGCGGUGCAGAUGCAGUUACUUCGGCGGCUACUCGUGCCCAAGAUGUUGCCGAGGCUGUCGUCACUGUGUUCGAGAACGCCUCGCUCGUCUGGGCAAACCUAUCCGAUCAUAUAGAGCAGGUGGCAGAAGUGGUCGGCCCAGCUGUGACGUCCGCGGUGGACGCCUCGGUUGAGUUCGUCGACCUCGUCUUUGACAAGACCGCCACCGCCGCUGCCGACAAGACUGUGGAGCUGCUAGAUGACCUGCCCGAGCAGCUCCAGGCCGGGGCCGUGGAUAUCGCCACCACCAUGGCGUCUGCAGUCGUGGACGUGCCGCCGGCCCCGACCCUGGCACAGCCGGCGCCGCCAGUCACCUUGCAGACCAAGAAGGGUGGCUGGGUAAAAUAUGCAGUGACCCUCAUCGCCGUGCGUGAGCAGGCAGUGGCAGCAGCAGGCUCGUGUUGGGAUACCUUCGAGGACUAA